AUGGAUUCAUCGACUAAAAUGUUUUUGAAAAAUUGUACAUUUAUUAAUUCUAAAAAUGGUGAAAUUCAAAAUAAUGAUGGGUUUUUAUCUGAAAUUCAACAACAACAAGAAGAUCAAGAACAAAUUAUUUCAAUUUCUAAAAUUUAUGAAUUCCCAAUAUCAAAAUUAACAAUGAUAUAUUCAAAUAAAUUAGAAUCAGAUUUAAUCAAUUUCCAAGAACAAAAAAAAUUGAAUAAAAAAUUGAUUAGAGAAUAUAAAUCAAAAAUUAAACAAAUUGAAUUGGAAAAUCAAGAUAUUGAAUUAGCUGAAGAUGAAAUCAUAAAGAUUAAAGAUAAUUCCAAAACUAAUUAUCAACCAAUUGUUCAAGAAAAUAUUUCAGAAGUUCAACCAGAAAUUCAAGAUCAAUCAAAGGAUCCAAUUCAAAGAGAUCCCUCAAUCUCAGAAUCAUCCCAAAACUCAAUUGAAUCACAAGAAUCAUUUGAUACAAUUAAUAAUGAAUUAUUAGAAUUAUCAUUGAAUUACAUUUCUGAUUAUCUAAAUAAUCAACCCCUUUCAAAGAAUACUGAUGAGUUUAAUAAUCUUGAUGAAAUGAUUGAAAUUGUUGAUUGA